CAGGCACACACAUGCAGAGUGACUGAGCUGGUCCUUGUUGAGCGCAUAGCUCAUGGCCGUUCCUGGCAACAACACGCAGACGCACACAGUGAAGAAACAGGCUGAGUGAAGCAACAAGAAGGUCUCCUUCCCUGACAUGAGAAUCUAACAACCAGCUUAUGCUCUACUUGCACAAAAAGAUUGUUCAAGAUGGAUCAUAUUGGGGCCAGGAUGAAGAUUGUGGAGAUCAUUUUUGUCUUUCUUCUGGUGCUGGUUACCUCAGGAUAUGGGAUACAGAGAGCGCCUCGUAUCAUCACCUUAUUAGAGACAGUCGAUGUACUCCUGGAUCACAAUGCCACUUUCAUCUGUGAGGUGGAGUCCCGUCCUUCAGCUGAAAUCACUUGGACCAAGAAUAACCACCCAAUAAUGUACUAUGACCCUCGGUAUAUUACCAGGGAGCAAGGACAGAUGCUUAUCGUCCCUCGUGUAAGAGAGUCAGACAAUGGAGAGUACUGCUGCAUUGCUAGUAAUGGCGUAGGAGAGCCAGCCAAGAGCUGUGGAGCCCUGCAGCUAAAGAUGAAGCCACAGAUCAAACGCCAUCCUACCAAUGUAACCCUCCUGGUAGAAUCCAAAGCAGUGUUGCCCUGUGUUACACUUGGCAACCCCAAACCAGAUGUCACCUGGCUCAAAGAUGAUGAGCUUAUCAAGGUCAGCGACCGUGUUACCAUUCUGGACUAUGGUGCAUUGAAGAUCCAUAACAUACAGAGAGAGGAUGCAGGCCAGUAUCGCUGUGUGGCCAGGAAUAGCUUUGGUUUGGCCUUUUCAAAGCCUGUCACCAUAGAGGUACAGGCUCCAGCACGAAUCCUGCAGGUUCCUAAGGAGAAGAGGGUAACAUAUGGCAGCCAGAUUUCCUUGGAGUGUAACGCCACAGGAAAUCCAAUCCCCACCAUCACCUGGCUGGAAAAUGGGAACACUAUCUCGGGUGCAUCGGUUGAAGAGACUUUGACAGGCGAGGUGAUCCUUUCCAUUCUUAAAGUGACGGUUAAUAAGCCGGCUCUGUACACAUGCAUGGCCUCCAACAGACACAGUGCCGGAGCCAACACCGUCAAGGCGACUGCUAGAGUCACUGUUGCAGAGUGGAGACUCUACAAAGGGAUCGCAGGCUACUGCAGUGCAUAUCGUGGAGAUGUGUGCCGCAGUAUUCUGCGAGAUGAUUUGCUGGUUUUCUUUAACUCCUCCCUGUCGGACCCUGAGGACAUGCAGGAGUACCUGGUUCAGAGCUGGUGGACCGAGCUGGAAGGACUCAGCUUGCUGUGUAGCCCUGCAGUGCGCUCACUGCUCUGCCACUCCUCCUUUCCUGACUGCAACCCAUCAGGGUUAGGACCAGCACCCAAACCUGUCUGCAGAGAGCACUGCCUGGCAGUGAAGGAGCUGUACUGCCAUAAGGAGUGGUUGGUUCUAGAGGGCAGCAGUUCAGUCCAGCCUGGCCUCUUCAGCUCUGUCACUGGGUCCCACACUCCCAGUUCACUGCUGCCCAACUGUCAAGCUUUACCAAGUCUUCACACUGACCCUGAGGCUUGCACACAUGUCCCUUUUGUCGACAUCAAGAGAGAUCAAAUUACAACAACCUGUUACAGCGACAGAGGCCGUUUCUACCAAGGCAGCAUAAAUGUGACCAGGUCUGGGAUACCGUGCCAGCCAUGGAGCCAACAGUUUCCCCACCAACAUCGCCUGUCUGUGGAUGUGAUUCCAGAGUUGAAGAACUCAGAUAACUAUUGCAGGAACCCUGGAGGAAUCAGCGACAAGCCCUGGUGUUACACCUCCAAUCCCAACAUACGCUGGGAGUACUGUGCUGUGCCACAGUGUGGGGACACAGACAUGGUACCAGUGAUGAAGCCAGAGUCACCAGGCCCUCGUCAGACCCCUCGUCUACCUCCCACCACUAAGGAAUUGUCUCCAGCUUACUCCAUGUCGGUCAUCGUCAUUAUCCUGACGACACUCGCAGCUGCAGUCUUCCUCACAAUCAUCUUCCUCGCCUGCCGCAGACGGAGGAAGCAGUGGAGAAACCGGAAGAGAGCAAUGGAAACCCCAACGCUGAGUGCUCUUCCAUCAGAGCUCCUGCUUGACCGACUUCACCCCAACCCCAUGUACCAGCGGGUUCCUCUCCUGCUGAACUCAAAGCUCCUGGCCCUCGAGUAUCCUCGAAAUAAUAUCCAGUAUGUCAGAGAUAUUGGGGAGGGGGCCUUUGGACGGGUUUUUCAAGCCAGAGCGCCAGGCCUGCUGCCAUUGGAGUCUUUCACAAUGGUGGCUGUGAAAAUGCUGAAAGAGGAAGCCUCAGCCGACAUGCAAAAUGACUUCCAGAGAGAAGCAGCACUAAUGGCUCAGUUUGACCAUCCAAACAUCGUACGACUUCUAGGUGUGUGUGCAGUGGGUAAACCCAUGUGUCUGAUGUUUGAAUACAUGGCCCAUGGCGACCUCAAUGAGUUCCUGCGUCGUCGCUCUCCAACCCAAUCAGUGCGCACCAUCAGUCACGCCAGCCUGUCGGGUCGCAGUUUUUCCUCUGAGCUCGAGGCGGGACUUCUCUCCUGUGCUGAGCAGCUGUCAAUUUCCAAGCAGAUCGCUGCAGGAAUGGCCUACCUAUCAGAGCGCAAGUUUGUCCAUCGUGACCUUGCAACCCGCAACUGCCUGGUUGGGGAGGAAAUGGUGGUGAAAAUCGCAGACUUUGGCCUCUCCAGAAACAUCUACUCAGCUGAUUACUACAAAGCCAAUGAGAAUGAUGCCAUCCCUAUUCGAUGGAUGCCCCCUGAGUCUAUUUUCUAUAACCGGUACACCACUGAAUCAGACGUGUGGGCCUAUGGCGUGGUGCUAUGGGAGAUUUUCUCCCACGGGAUGCAGCCAUACUACGGUAUGGGUCAUGAGGAGGUUAUUUACUAUGUGAGGGAUGGUCACAUCCUCUCCUGUCCUGAGAACUGUCCUAUGGAGCUGUAUAAUCUGAUGAGGCUUUGUUGGAGCACACAGCCAUCAGAUAGGCCCAGCUUCAGUAGUAUACAUCGAAUACUGGAGCGUAUGCAUCAAAACACAUUAAGCAUGAAUGCUGACACUGAGGCUGACUGCUAACCUGAGAGCUUUUCACAAAAAGCUGUUUGUCCCCAUGAACACCCUCCCUCCCAUGAUCUGGUACCUGAAAACACAUUUUAAAUUAACCCUGACACUGAGCCAGAACAGACAUAGUAGAAUAUCCGGUGAAUAAAGUGAUUUCAGUCAUUUUUCUUUUCAGAAUGUUUUUGUUUCAGUCUGUAACCUAUCACAUCUGACCAUUUACCAACACACAUCCAUAAGAUUGGUCUUUUUGAUUUGUGAAACAUGCAUGUAUGAACAGACUCUAACCCCUGAUCCCAGAGCCUUAACCUUUGAAGACUUGGAUUCACUAACCAUGCAGACCCUUUUAGAAACACAUAUACCCAAACAUUAUGCUUCACCCAUUGCAUGGACUUGUUGGAUUUUUCAUUCAUUCAUUUCAUCUUCAUUUUGAUCUGUCAGUAUGUUACAAAUGCUCAGACAAUUAAAUAUUAGAGAGAACUCAUACUCCAUAAUAACUACUUUUAAUAAAAUACAAACUUUAUUGUCGCCUCUAAUUCCAUGGUAGCACACAAUCACUUUAAACCAUUGCUGUUGAUUGUCUUUAUAGACAAGUUGCUAUUCCAUUUUUGGGCAUUUUCUUUAAUGUUUCUUUAUUGUCAUAUUGUUGAUCUUUGUCUUUUUUUUUUGUUAAUUUUACUUUUUGACAGUGUUUGA